AUGUUAACUAAUUGGUUUACUACAGAAGCAAGACUUGAAAAAUUCAAAAAUUUAACGAAAAAAAAAAAUACGGGAGGAUUCGAUGGAUUUACGAAAAAAGAAGCAGCAAUACUCAAGAGAGAAUUGAACAAAUUGCAGGAAGAUCUAGGGGGUAUUAGAUACAUGACAAAAUUGCCCGAUAUUGUAAUAAUUCUCGAUCAAAAAGGAGAAUAUACUGCUAUUCGGGAAUGUAGAACUUUGGGUAUUCCAACAAUUUGCUUAGUUGAUACAGAUUGUGACCCAGAUCUCGUGGAUAUCCCAAUCCCAGCCAAUGAUGAUGGUAGAGGACCAAUCCGCCUGAUCCUAAAUAAAUUAAUUUUAGCAAUUCGCGCGGGUAGAGAAUUGUACUAUAAAAAGUGA